UCUAAAGCCACAAAACAUACGUCGUCCCAGUUUAUUUUGGAAACUCAAAUAAUGUUGCGCUAAAAAAGGGGGACAGUCGCUGUGCUGCUGCAGCGUGAGAGCGCUGUUUAAAAAUAGGACACACAUUUGACACCCCUCUGCGUGAGCGAAUACCCGACAGGAUCCGACAGAGUGGCUCGUUUGCAGCGACCGAGCGAGAAGCAGCGAGUAAACAACCAGAGUGUGCAAGAAUCUGGGCUGACAGCAGCCUGACGCUGCCAACAAAACUGCCCUCUGAAAACACAAACUAAGGAGCCGAAAUCCUAAAAACAACAAAACAGACACAUGGCUCACGAUGUGCACGAGAAGACCACAGUGCUGACCCUUCCACCCUCCAUCCAGCCUCAGAACACGAGGCCCUUAUGGACGGUGUUGGAGUCCCUGCUGUGUGGUGCGUUCGCUGGCGCUGUGGCGAAAACGGUCAUUGCACCUCUGGAUCGAACCAAGAUCAUUUUUCAAGUGUCAUCAAAACGAUUCUCAGCUAAGGAGGCCUUCAGACUCAUCAGUUGCACAUACAUGAGGGAGGGGCUGCUCAGUCUGUGGAGGGGGAACUCGGCCACCAUGGCGAGGGUCGUCCCCUGCGCUGCCAUCCAGUUCUGCUCACACAAACAGUACAAAAAAUUACUGGGGAGCUACUAUGGCUUCCAGAGCAGAGCUUUGCCUCCUUUUCCCCGUUUUUUGGCUGGCUCAUUGGCUGGAACUACCGCUGUUGUGCUGACCUACCCUUUGGACCUGGUGCGGGCGAGGAUGGCCGUCACUGGCAAAGAAAAGUACCACAGCAUCAAGCACGUCUUUGUGCAGAUCUUUAAGGAGGAAGGCGUGAAGACCCUUUACAGAGGUUUUGCCCCCACUGUCCUUGGUGUCAUCCCAUAUGCAGGAAUCUCAUUCUUCACAUACGAGACUCUCAAAAAACUACACACAGAAAAGACUGGGCGUUCCGAACCAUACCCUUUUGAGCGCUUGGCCUUUGGCGCCUGCGCCGGCCUCUUUGGACAGUCUGCGUCGUACCCGCUGGAUGUGAUCCGUCGGCGCAUGCAGACCGCCGGAGUUACUGGCUCAUCCUGCAGCACCAUUUUGGGGACUAUGCGUAAGAUCGUUAGCCACGAGGGAUUUGUACGUGGACUAUACAAAGGUUUAAGCAUGAACUGGGUGAAAGGGCCCAUUGCUGUUGGGAUUAGCUUCACCACAUUUGACAUCACACAGAACAUCCUGGAAAAAUUGCAUCGGAUGGGCUACUUCACCUACUGAAUCAGUAGACCGCAGUGGCAGCUGGUGAUUGACGUCGCUGGUGAAGCAGAUCCGCCCAUUUCAUAAAAUGCACCAAAGACAGUAAUCGUUGGAGAUUUGUGUGAAUAAUAUUCAAGUUCGGAACGCCAGAGGUGAAGCACUGCUUUGGGGGCGGGACUUAUUGAGAGGGAGAGGAACCACAGGUAGUUAAAGCUAAAUUUACAUUGAAAUAAAUGAUGUUAGCGAGGUGGCGUAGGGGCACUGCUGCAGUUUCACACAUGGUAACCGAUGUCAGGGAAACAUCCUAAAAAAAAAAAAAAAUCCUGUGAUUGUGAUGAGUUUUUUUGUGAGGUGGGGGUGGGGGCUGGUGAAAUAUUAGUGAAUCAUUACUUCACCUAUAGUCUUUGAGAAACAUGCUCGGGUAGAGUGCCGUAGGGCACGAAAUGCACCAACACACCUGGCAAGAGGUUUGGACGUCUCUCUGUGUCCAUUCACAUGCUGCUGCAGAAUGUGGAGAUUAGAAAGGAGCAUCAGAGCGGAGAAAUGUGAGGUCUGUCCACUGCAACGUGGUUUAAGUCCGAUAGAAUCCCCCAGUAACCUCUGAGUGAAAAGGCGAAAGGUUUGCUUUUUUUCCCCAAAUAUUUUUUAUUAGAACCAAUCAAACAACUUAAAAGAAUGCAUAAUUCUUUUUGCAUAUAUGCACCUACACUUUAUAAUGCAAACAAUAUAAUACUGACACAAUAGUGCACAAAACACACACACACACACACACACACACACACACACACACACACACACACACACACACACACACACACACACACACACACACACACACACACACACACACAUAUCUCAGCUCACCAAAGUCAACUCAAAAACCUCAUCAGUUAUAUGCACACAGAUACACAACAAAUACAAAAGGGGCAAAAGUUUUUCUGCACAAGAUCAUUUUGGCAUCGUGAUGUGUCGAAGUCAUGUUUGAAAGUGUAAAUAUGUAAAUCGAGUGAUUGUAGAUUCUUAUGCAAAGGCUUUUAUUGUGUUGCAAUGCAUUUUUUUUAUCACAAAGUCAUAUCUGCAGAAGAAGCUCUGUUAUGAGAUGUAUUGUUGAAUUUUCUAAUUCCAAAUUUGAAUUGGACGACUCAAAUGAGCAUCUCUCAGAAGAGUUUGAGUUUGAACAUGAUCAGAUUUCAUGAAGACAAACUGAGAACCACCUGUUUGACUGAACAGUGUUCCCAUCUACUCAAAAUGGUUUGGCCCAAUAACAAAGUAGAUCCAGCAUCCUGGAAGAAAGAAUGGAACCCGAGUCUGGCUGCCAGACUCAGGCCUAUCCCUGUUUUGAAUGAUGCCUCAGGAUUGACCUGGGUUCAGUGGCAACAAUCCGGUGGCAGAAGCUGAACCUGCAUUUCCAGCAUCAGCCCACAAUCAUCUCAACAAAAAUCAAGAAUUUGAUGAAGACGAUGGCACAAAUUUUCACCAAAUUUGAAGUGGUAGUCCCAAGACCUUCUAAGAACCAGACAAUUUACAGAACAGGCUGUUAUUAUUAUUAUUAUGUCCGUCCAGGAUGUAAUAAAAUCAUCUGUGUUUAUUUUUUAUUUGUCUGCCUGUUAGCAGGAUUACAUCAAAACUACUGCACAGAUUUUGACCAAAU